CAAACAAAACUAUUCACAAGAGCUUCAGCAACUAAUAAAGUAAUAAACACUUCAUCAAUCAACCAAAACACUAGCAACCCUUAAUUCACACAAAACCUUCGAACUUCGAAAUGGCUUUCACUGCUAGGUACCACCACCCCCCCUCCAGCUUCAAUUCACCAGCUCUUCACCCAGAACUACUAACAUAUCACCCCCCCAGCGACAUCUGCAAGAUCAUCCUCGCCAUCUUCCUCCCUCCCGUCGGCGUCUUCCUCGAGCGCGGCUGCGGCGCCGACUUCCUCAUCAACAUCCUUCUCACCAUCCUCGGUUACAUCCCCGGAAUCAUCCACGCCUUGUACAUCAUCUUGAAAUACUAAGCGCGUCACCCCCCGCAGCACCCUCCCUCCUUCUUCUUCUCGCACCCGAGACUCGCCGCAUCGCAUCACUUCGCGCUCCGACCCGACUCUACCACCACCCCUGCGCGGCUCCUUUCUAUCCCGGAAAAGCUUGGCCUACAUCCCAUCCAGCCAGCGCGCACCCCUGCGCUGCGGCUGAAGGAUACGACGUAAUGCCCAGCCCAGCCUGACGUAAUGCGCGGUACUGGAACUUGUCGGGGGCGCCGAACAGUGCGAACGGGUCGUCUCGGUAGUCUACGGACGCUGGUAUUUGCGCUGCGCUAUAAGGGGUCGUUGUUACACACAAACAUCGGGGUGUGGAUGGUGGAUGUGGGGGAGUCAGAUGGGGAGCUCUGGUGGUUGAUAGUUGAGAAAUUUUAAUACAUGAUGAUUCCCCCAUUCCAUUCCGUUUCUGUGCCCCCAUUUGAUGUGCAUUGGUCUAGACGGGGAGCUACGUGGUUUGUGUCUUAUUGCAACGGAAGGGAUGGGAUGGGAUACCUAACUCACUGCUCUACUAAGGCUGAUGGUGGGGGUUGUGGAUACCCUGUAGUGCGACCGGGUGGAGAUGGGAGGGGACGACAUGGACAGGGAUGUUUUACCGGCUUGUGGCUUGCGCAUUUCUGCAGCCUUGUGGUCUACCGGCUGGGCUGGUCUGGACCGUUUAAAUACCGAGAUGGCAG